UCGAAGGAUACGCACGGCUCUGGCGGACGACGGAAGUUGGAUUGAAAAUGCAUCGGGACUGAGUGCGAUUGUGAGUGAGCGCGCGUGUGGUGAAUUUCCGCCGAAGAGAGUCCGGAAGAGAGCCGCAAAGUGUCCCUAUCGGUUCAAAUUUUAAAAAUUCUAGUAAGAGCUCCCAACUUGGCCGAGAAUUCGUGUGGCGGCGCAGUCAAGUCGAGUCCUUUCUGGCAGUCGGUUGUGUCCUGGCCAGGAGUGUUUUUUUCGCUUAGGAGUGUAGUGUGCCGGCUCCGGGCCAUGCAGUCCCUCAAAACAUAACAAAACACAACAACAAAACACCACGUCAUCAAAUCACCCAAUCACCGAAGUGAAAACAAAAUCAAAAAGAUUAUACAAAUGUGCCAAAGAAUGAGAGGAGAAGAGUCUAGAGUGUCUGAAAUGUAAAACCGCUCAAAAGUGAAAGCCAAAAUCAAAAUUGUACAAGUCACUGCCCACGGAAAUUCCCGAAAAAAGAAAGCUCAGCUCAAAACAACAAAAUCAAAUCCAACAAAUUCAAAUUCAAAUUCAAAUCAGAAUCAAAACAGAAGCCGGAAAACAUGUGGAUUAGUAGCCGCUUUUUUGUGAUUUUCCUGCUGCUCCAUCUCGAUACCACCUGCAGUGAACCGUUCGAAGCACACCUGCGCGGACCAGGAUUUGUGAUGGAGCCGCCGGGGCGGGUGGAGUUCUCUAACUCCUCGGGCGGCUGGCUGGACUGCUCGGCGUCCGGAAGUCCGCAGCCGACGGUCGAUUGGGUGCACGCGGACGGAUCGGCGGUGACCGAGAUCCACGGCGUGCGGCGGGUGCUGCGGAACGGAACUCUCGUCCUGAUGCCAUUCGCGGCAGCCGCCUACCACCAGGAUGUGCACAACACGAUCUACCGCUGCAUCGCCAGCAAUUCGGUGGGUCGCAUUGUCUCGCGGGACGUGCAAGUGAGGGCAGUCGUCGCCCAGGCCUACAAAGUGGAUGUGGAGGUGCUAUCUGCGUCCCGGGGCUGCACCGCCAUUCUGCGCUGCGUGGUGCCCACGUUCGUCAAGGAAUUGGUACGAGUGGUCUCGUGGGUUCAUGAACCCGCUAUCUACAUCUAUCCCUCGUUGCAAGGCGAUGGCAAAUUUCAUUUGCUGCCCACCGGUGAGCUGCUCAUCCACAAUCUGCAGGAGAGCGACGAGUCGCAGUCCUUCCGCUGCCGCAGCAUGCACCGACUCACCCGUCAGGUGGUCGUCAGUUCGCCCACCCGACUGCGUAUUAAUUCGCAUCGCGGCAUCAUUUCGCCGAGCGUUGUGGAGCACACGGCUCAUGUGCAGGUGUCGCAGGACGAGGGCGCUGUGCUGCUGUGCGUCGCCCAGGGAUGUCCUUCGCCCGAAUACAGUUGGUACACCCACAAUGGAGCAGGACCCCUGCCCGUGCUGAGUGGUCCCCGUGUCCGGCUGCUCGGCCCCAUCCUGGCCAUCGAGGCCGUGACCGGCGAGGAUUCCGGCGUCUACAAGUGCACGGCCGGCAAUGUGGGCGGCGAGGCUAGUGCCGAACUCCGUCUGACAGUGGCCACGCCCAUCCAAGUGGAAAUCUCGCCGAAUGUCCUCAGCGUUCACAUGGGCGGCACCGCGGAGUUCCGCUGCCUGGUCACCAGCAACGGCAGCCCGGUGGGCAUGCAGAACAUCCUGUGGUACAAGGACGGGCGCCAGUUGCCCUCCUCGGGACGAGUGGAGGACACGCUGGUGGUGCCGCGAGUGAGUCGGGAAAACCGAGGGAUGUACCAGUGCGUGGUGCGACGGCCCGAGGGCGAUACGUUCCAGGCCACCGCCGAACUACAGCUGGGAGAUGCGCCGCCCGUUUUGCUGUACAGCUUCAUCGAGCAGACCCUGCAGCCAGGACCAGCUGUGAGCCUCAAGUGCUCCGCUGCCGGCAAUCCUACGCCGCAGAUUUCAUGGACACUGGACGGAUUUCCGCUGCCGUCAAACGGAAGAUUUAUGAUCGGACAAUACAUCACCGUGCAUGGCGAUGUAAUUAGUCAUGUUAACAUAAGCCACGUCAUGGUCGAGGAUGGCGGCGAAUAUGCCUGCAACGCCGAAAAUCGCGCGGGACGAGUGCAGCAUGCGGCCCGCUUGAAUAUUUAUGGUCUUCCAUACAUUCGACUGAUUCCGAAGGUAACCGCCGUCUCCGGCGAGACAUUGAAUCUGAAGUGCCCGGUGGCCGGGUAUCCCAUCGAGGAGAUCCACUGGGAGCGGGGCGGCCGGGAGCUGCCGGAUGACAUAAGGCAGCGUGUCCAGCCGGACGGCUCGUUGACCAUUAGCCCCGUGCAGAAGAACUCCGAUUCCGGCGUGUAUACGUGCUGGGCGCGGAACAAACAGGGUCACAGUGCCCGGCGGAGUGGCGAGGUGACGGUCAUAGUGCCGCCGAAGCUCAGUCCCUUCCAAACGAACAUCCUGCAGCUGAACAUGGGCGAUCGGGCCUCGCUCACCUGCUCGGUGGUGAAGGGCGAUCUGCCGUUGACCAUCAACUGGCGCAAGGAUGGACGGCCCAUCGAUCCCACCCAGCACAUGUCCGUGAAGCAGGUGGACCAGUACAACAGCAUCCUGGUCAUCGAGAACCUGGGCAGCGACCACACCGGAAACUACUCCUGUGUGGUGCGCAACUCCGCCGCCGAGGUGGAGAACUCACAGGCCCUGCUGGUCAAUGUGCCGCCACGCUGGAUUGUCGAGCCCGUCGACGCGAAUGUGGAGCGCAAUCGCCACAUCAUGCUGCAUUGCCAGGCUCAGGGAGUUCCCACACCGAGUAUAGUAUGGAAAAAGGCUACAGGCAGCAAAUCGGGCGAAUACGAAGAGGUUCGGGAGCGUCCCUUCACCAAACUACUAGGCAAUGGGUCCCUGCUCCUGCAGCACGUUAAGGAGGACCGCGAGGGCUUCUAUCUGUGCCAGGCCAACAAUGGCAUCGGCACCGGCAUCGGAAAGGUCAUCCAGCUGAAAGUGAACUCCUCGCCGUACUUCUCUUCGACUUCCCGCUCGGUGAUGGUGAAAAAGGGCGACACGGCGCUGCUGCAGUGCGCCGUGAGUGGGGACAAGCCGAUUAACAUUGUUUGGAUGCGCUCGGGCAAGAACACGCUGAACCCAUCAACCAAUUACAAGAUCUCGGUGAAACAGGAGGCCACGCCGGACGGAGUGUCCGCCGAGUUGCAAAUCCGCACUGUGGACGCCACCGACAGUGGACCGUACUUCUGCCGGGCCAGUAAUCUGUAUGGAAACGAUCAGCAGCUGGUCCAAUUGCAGGUCCAGGAGCCACCUCUGCCGCCCAGUGUCCUGGAGGCGGCCAUGAUCAGCAGUCGGUCGGUGAAUCUCAAGUGGCAGCCCAAGUCCCUGGGCACCGGCGAUGUGACCAAGUAUCUGGUGGAGUUCCGCGAGGCAGAUCGUUCUCUCCCACCAGCCUUGUUCGUGGAGCAGUGGCAGCAGAUCGAGGUCAAGGAUCCCCCACAUUUCAAUGCCCUGAUCGAGAACCUGAAGCCGGCCACGCGCUACGCCUUCCGGGUGAUUGCCGAGGGCUCGGCCGGACGGAGUGCACCCAGCCAGGAGCUGAUCGUGCGCACGGAGCCUCAGCGACCCGCAGGACCUCCCCUGAGUUUGUCCGCCCGGCCAUUGUCCUCCACCGAGCUGCUCAUCAGUUGGGUGGCUCCGCUGCCCGAACUCCGACAUGGCGACAUCCAGGGCUACAAUGUGGGCUACAAGCUGUCCAGUUCGGGCAACACGGUCUACAACUUCACCUCCAUUUCCGGCGACGGAGAUGGUGGCAAUGGAGAGCUACUGCUCAGCGGACUGGCCAAAUUCGCACGAUACACUGUCGUAGUGCAGGCCUUCAACCAGGUGGGACCAGGCCCGCUUUCGGAACCCACCGCCGCCCAGACUAUGGAAGAUGUUCCCAGUCGCCCGCCGGAGGAUGUGCGGUGUGCCGCCCUAUCCUCCCAAUCGCUGCAGGUGUCCUGGCAACCGCCGCCAAUCUACCACACUAAUGGCCUGCUGCAGGGAUACAAGCUGAUAUUUGAGCCCAUUAUCGACGACAUCCAGCCGAGCAAGGACGAGGUGGAGUCCCGGAAGACCACAGCGCUCACAAUGGUGCUGACGGGUCUGCGAAAGUAUACGAAUUAUAGCAUCCAGGUGUUGGCCCACACGCGAAUGGGCGACGGAGCAGUGUCGAAGCCAUUGUUUUGCCACAGUGAAGAGGAUGUGCCCGAGGCUCCGGCGGAUAUCAAGGUGGUUUCCAGCUCAUCGCAGUCAUUGUAUAUCUCGUGGUUGGCACCCACUGAGCCCAACGGAGUGAUUACCAAGUACAGUCUGUACACGCGUGUGGUGAACGGACGCGAGGAGCUGAACAAUGAGAAACGCAGUCUUCCAUCGCAGCAGGCUUACUACGAAGCCAAGGGCCUGCAUCCGCAUAUGGAAUACCAGUUUUGGGUGACGGCCAGCACACGAGUGGGCGAGGGAAAGAGUUCGCGGGUCUCCUCACAGAUCACCACAAAUCGGGUGCCUGCGAGGAUCAUAUCCUUCGGAGGUCCUGUGGUCCGACCCUGGAGAUCCACCGUGACCCUGCCCUGCACCGCCGUGGGAAAACCCAAGAGGGAGUGGUUCAAGGGCGAUGUGGCUCUUCGCCAAGGGGGUCUGCACAACUCGCAAAUGCUGGACAGCGGGGACCUGAUCAUCUCCAGCCUGCAACUGGCGGAUGGAGGCAACUACAGCUGCCAGGUGGACAAUGGCAUUGGCACCGAUCGACUGACCCACACGCUCCUGGUCCAAGUGCCGCCCACAUCGCCCACACUGUAUGUGACCAGUGCCACCUCGAGCAGCAUUCUGAUGCACUGGAAGUGUGGAUUCACGGGCAAUGCCCCCAUCACCGGUUACACACUCUUCUAUCGGCGGACUAAUGGAAACACGGACGAAAUGCAGUUGUCGCGACAUGCCUCGAGUCAUGAACUCAAGGGCCUGGUCUGUGGCAGCACGUACCAGAUCCACAUGAGUGCCCAGAACAAGGUGGGCACCUCGCCCACCAGCACCACGCUGCACGUGCGCACUCAGGGUCAGUCACCCGGCCAUCCCGCCUCCACCGCCCUGCUGGCCCCCAACUCGACCUCGCUCCUGGUGCGACUGCACUCCUGGCCGGACAACGGGUGUCCCCUGCUCUACUUCGUGCUGCAAUACCGGGCGGUCACCGAAGAUCCGGAUGCGGAAUGGGUGCUGGUAUCCAAUGCAUUGAAGCCCCAGCGACGCAUUGUGGUUAAUAAUCUGCGACCCUCAACCCUCUACCAACUUCGCAUGGAGGCGCACAAUGUGGCUGGAAUCUCGCAGGCGGACUUCUCGUUCGUGACUUUGACCAAAGAUGGAGAUCCACCACCACCGGAAAUCAUGCAUCGUGGCCAUCGCGGUCACACCACCGUAAUCCUCGGGAAUAUCAACCUACUAAUUCCAAGCGUUGCGGCAGUAUCGGGAUUGAUCUGCACCAUCAUCAUGGUCAUCGUGUGCUACAGACACAUGCUAAAAAAUGCACAACCGCUCGCAGAGCAAGCCAACCAUAUUCAAAAGGAGUCGCUGGAGAACCGCGCUAAUUCAGAAGCUGCUCAGCGGGAGCGCUACUAUGCCACCAUUCACAAGGUGUCCAUGCAGAACAAUGAUAAGAUUCCAGAAACCUCCGAGGACAUCUCGCCGUACGCCACCUUCCAGCUGUCGGAGGCUGGGGGCAACAUGUCGCAGCCGCACCACGGCGGUCCGGCCAACACGCUGCUCCACUCGUUCAUGUACCACGAGCGGGCCCUGGCCGAGGGCUGCUCGUCGCCACCACCAGCCGCGGUACUGAACCCACCAACAACCACCACCACCCAUCACCACCACAACCACCAACGUCCACUAAAGACAAUUCAUAAUUAUUAUCAGACCUCACCGUUCCAUAAUAUCUCCAAGAACCGGAGGCGCCACUCGCGGAAGACGGAGCCGGAGAGCGAGGAGUCGGAGUCGGACCAGGACCAGCUGACCUCCAGCCGCACUGAGUCCUCCAACCAGCACGAGGGCAAGAUCAAGCACAGCAUCAUCUACCAUGGAGCACAGUCCAGCACCUCCUCCGAUCUGUCACCAAUGUCCGAACAGAAAUCAUUGCCCCGCCGCGGUCGCUCCAGGGCCGGCAUCCUGCGCACGCUGCAUCCGCUUCAGCUGCAGGCCGAGUGCACCACCGGCGCCUUCCAUCGCACCGAGGAUGGUGGACUGGGCGAACGGAUCGAGCUGGCCGAGGUGGAGGUCGAUGUGGACACGAUUAAGAAGCUGAAGCUGGGUCAGAGGUCAUCUCUCUGGUCCCGACCCUCAUCCACCACCUCCCAGCUGCAGCAGGAGCACCAGCAACAGCAGCAGCAGCAACAGCGACAGCAGCAGCAACAUCACCCGCAACAGCAGCAACAGGCACCACAGCAACCACACAAACGAGCGCAUUCAAAGUCACCGCAGCCACAACAACAACAGCCACUGCAACAGCAACGCCAACAACAACAUUCACCCGCUCCUGGCCAGAAAUUGCUUAGCGAGAAAUCGGAUUAUUCGAUAUCCGUCUGAGACAUUGGUAAGAUCUGAUCGCAAGAUCAGCAGAUAGGAUGAGGCCAGGCCCCCCGAUAGCCAGAAUUAUUGAGGAAUCAGCACUUGGGCCCUUUUUGUACAUUUUUGUAAUGCAUUUGUUACCUUACCUUACCACUACGCCCCCAGUUCGAUCACCCCUCCAACCUUUCGGCAGAGCCCCUAACCCAGUAAAUCAAAUCCUGCCCCCCCACUGAACAAAAUUAAUUACACUCAGUAACAACUUUCGGACAAUCAGUAUCAAAAUUCUGCACCAACCAUCCAAAUACCAAGCAUACCGAAUCAAGACACUUCCCAUUAUAAACUCCUGCCCGUAUUUAUAGAGGUCAUACUAUAUCUAAGUAUUAAACGAUUGUGCAUGCUAUAUACCCACGUAUACAUAUGUGAAUGAAUAUGGCAUGUGUCCAGACAGAACCCAGGUCAGUUGUCGAACUUCCAAAAAUGUUGUAUGUAUAUAUACUAACGUAGUCUCUUAAGUAUCCAUAACGACUAAUGCGUAUAUCACUCGAAACUGUAACUCAAACUACUAACUGCAAAACUAUCGCAUACUAUCGUAUCGUAUCGAAUCGAAAUUCGAACUCGACACUGUUUUUCAUCGUAUGUAGGAAAGGGAUGAUCUUUUAAGUGUGGAUGUCUCCAAUUAGUAAUGAGUUAUGAGUGUUUGGCCUAUAGCUACUCUUAAAGUAGUUCUAUAAGUUUCGGUUUUAUAGUGCACCCAAGCGAUGUAACGAGGAAUUUAAUCUUGAAAUUUGAACUAAACCAAAAACUCAGAUAUAUGCUGUGUACAAAUUUAUAUGAAUGUAUAUUUAUACGUGUCCGUGUGCGUGUCUACGUUAUGAGACUGUCGUGUGCUCAUGUAUAUAGGAUAUAUACCGAUACAUACGAUCGAAGAAUACUCAUCUAGUUGUUAGCGAAUCGAAAAUCGAAAACCGAAAAUCCAAAACCACGUACAUGUAGAGUAUUGAGUAUGUUUUGUAAAUAAUCAAAAGUAAACCCUCAAAGGACUGACAUCAUGACUCCGCUGAGAAAACUGAUACACAGAAACCAAUUAAAGCCACAAUGAAAAUGUUAACUAAAUGUAUUCGAUAUAGCCGAUGUACACACACACUCGAAUAUGUCGCCAGCUGAAUUUGAAUUCAAAGCAGUAUUCAUAGAUCGCAGUAACCACACAUUAGUGUUUCCAUUACAAUAAACUGUCAUUCGUCGAGUUGUAGAUAAAUGUUUUUAAAAACGAAAUAAAUAAAGGGAAGAGAAUGAGAAUGAGAAAGAGCCUGUAGGAGAAUCAAAUACAAGUCGUAAUCAAAUUUCGAAUUAUUACCAACACUCAAUCAAGCAGCAACAAGAAACGAAAGCCAAGUUAGGAGCAGACAAACAAACUACAAAUUAAUAUAACUCUUAGUUCGUAUCGAAUAAUCCAAAUAAUACGAGUACAUAGCUGUAUUUUAACUAGCCUACGAAAGCAUAAGGAAACCCAUUAAACAGUCAAAUAAAAGCGAGGAGGAUCGGAGGGAUCAGAGGAUCGAACCCAUUUCGGAAACCAUGUGCCAAAAUUUGUUUUUAGACAAAGCUCUCUUAAAUUACGAGUAUACAAUAAAUAAUGCAAGCCAUGAAAAGCGAGUAAAUAGCAGCCAUGAAAUAUGAACAUACAAAUUAAAGACACAGAAUCCACAAAAUAAAGUCGCAGAUUAAGCUGUUCACUUGGGGCAAUUUAUUGGGCCCUAGCCCCAGAAUAAUUUGUUCGUGUCUCAUUUCAAAUAAAACGCAAGUUCACAAUACAGCAGCACUCUUUGUUUAUAUAGCGAUUGCGGCAUUAACGCCGCAGCGAUUUUAGUCGGUUUUUAUAUGCAUUUAUUUGUACGAAGCAAUGAAAUGGUUUAUUACAUUCAACAUCGAAUUUUACGAAUUUAUUAAAACAACAGCAAGUUGCGACUGCAAGGGGCAACCUCACCGCAAAGUCUACAAAUCAAAAGAUGAAAUUAACUUAAUAGAUCACAAUCAAAACAAGAAUAAAACCAAUUACUUAUACGAGAGGAAGAAACAAUUUUUAUGUUUAACAUAUAAUUAGCACAACAACUACAAAAUAAAAACUAUUAAUGUAAAAACAAACGGCAUUUAAAAAAUAUAAGAAA